CGAUUUUUGCCAAGGAGCUUAUUGCCGGCGGUGUUGCCGGCGGCGUCGCUAAGUCUGCCGUAGCACCUCUUGAACGAAUUAAGAUUCUUUUUCAGGCCUUAAGGGUUCCCCAUGGAAGCUUUAGUCUUUCAGCUAGCUGAGGUCGGUGAAAUUAGCUGAGGUUCGGUGAAGACAUUUGUGGAGCCCAUUCAAAUAUCAGAUGGGUCCCUCUUUCCCACUUUCCAAAAGUAACUUCAAGACAAGACAAGCAGAAUUCAAAAGUAUUGGUUUGAAAGGGUCAGUUACUAAAAUAGCUAGAACAGAGGGAAUACUCGGUUUCUACAGAGGAAAUGGGGCAAGUGUUGCACGAAUUGUUCCUUAUGCUGCGCUGCAUUACAUGGCAUAUGAGGAGUACAGGCGAUGGAUAAUUCUUGCUUACCCUGAUGUCUGGAAAGGCCCAGUGCUUGACCUUGUUGCAGGAUCUUUUGCUGGUGGAACUGCUGUUCUUUUUACAUAUCCCCUUGAUUUAGUACGGACCAAGUUGGCUUAUCAGGUUGUUGGAUCUUCCAAUUUAAAUGUUAAAGGCCUUAUCCAUCAUGAACAAUUGUAUAAAGGAAUACGUGACUGCUUUUCCAUGACAUUUAAAGAAGCUGGUUGGAAAGGUCUUUACCGGGGAGUAGCACCAUCACUUUAUGGUAUAUUCCCAUACGCGGGAUUAAAAUUUUACUUCUAUGAGGAGAUGAAGAGUCAUGUACCUGAAGAACACAAAAAAGAUAUAUUGGUGAAAUUGACAUGUGGCUCUGUAGCUGGAUUAUUGGGCCAAACCUUCACAUAUCCUCUUGAUGUUGUUAGGCGCCAAAUGCAGGUUGAGCGGAUGUCUAAUGCUAGUAAUGCAAAGGGAACUUUACACACACUUGUCGCAAUAGCUCGAGAGCAAGGUUGGAAGCAUUUGUUCUCAGGGCUAAGUCUGAAUUAUUUGAAGGUUGUGCCCUCGGUGGCAAUUGGCUUCACUGUGUAUGAUUCAAUGAAAUUGUUCCUGCAAGUUCCCUCACGAGAUGAAGCCAUUAUUGAAGUGGCUUCCAGUCAUACAACUAACCAAACAUCAUCCCUGCAUUCUUAAAAGGGAUUCAUUAAAUAAUAAUUAUACACCGAUUAAGUAUAGCAUUGUGUAAUUCAAUUGUAUGUAGGUAUCAUUAUUGAGUUCAGUUGUAUAUAAGAACUGUCUCAUUAUACUACUUAUUGUAUCUAGUUUCACAACAUUCAAGUCAUAUGAAUGAAUGUUUGGAAUGAAAUGAUACGGAUUUUUGCCCAGUGAAAUUAAGAUAUUUCAAUAUAGUCUUCAAAAAUUUUCCUUAUUUUGGGAGUCUAAUCUGGUGCAGAUCUUUGCAGCAUCUUUGUAGGGAGUUUGAAGUGAAUAAAUUCAGUUGGAUUCGUCCCGUACGUAGUUCAAUAUGAUGCUACAGAGAUUGUGCCUACACUGAGAGGUUGCCAGUUUAUGCCAGGUUAAUCAACCACUCAUCCUCUUUUAUAUCAAUACCAGGGAGAAAAAAAAAAAAAAAAAAAAAAAAAAAAAAAAAAAAAA